AUGUCCAACCCGGCUGCAAUGUUCGCCCGUAGCCAGGCGGCCAAGGCUUCACCUUCGGCGGCCAACAGUAAUCCAGUCGCGGCCUUCAUGCACAUGCAACAUCAUCAGAAGCGUAAAGAACAGCCGAGCGCGUCUAGCAAGAUGGCCCAAGCUGGCCCACCGAAACCUUUCAACCCGGCCGCCGCGUUCGCCCAGCGGUUCCAAGCUGGCCAGAGACCACCAAUGCCCAGUAGCAACUCAGGCUCUACCCGAUCUAACGAUGAUACGGCCGACGAGGAUGACGACGGAGAGAACGGCCGGACUACUGAACCUUCUCUCAAGAAGGUCAAGCCGAGACUUAGCAUCGAUGCCGCGCGGGCGUCGGCCGCACGGAGAAUGCGCAGCUCCGGUAGCGGCGACAAUCUGGCCGGCCGUGGAAGUCUGGAUGUGUUUUUGAACGAGAUCGGCGACGUUGGCCGGUUGUCGGACCUCAAGAUGGACGGCUUCCAGACGCUAGAAGAGCUGUGGCGAGUCUCAGGCGACAUGGAUCGACUAUCGUUAUGA